AUGACAGAUGACAUUUAUCAAAAUUAUACUACAGAGAGUAAAGAAGAGUCUGACGACAGACAGAGUUUGUAUGAGGACUACAGAGAAAAUGUCGCAACGUCUCAAACGACAGGAAUCAACCAAGAACCACAGAGCACAGGACUGCCACAGGGAAGGAAGAGGAGGAGUUACCACUAUUGCACAGGAUACUUUAAUCAGAGUUACCAGCCUCAGAAACUGCAAGUUAACAGAACCCCAGACAAAAACAGUCCUAAAAUAAUAAUUGCAUUAUCCCACCAAAAAACUAAAACUAAUCUUAUCCCAAUAGGAAGCAGACGCUACAGACUGGCUGCAGUGGGUCUGGGUCUGCUGUGUGUUCUCCUGCUGACUGCCACCACAGUGCUGUGGAUCCAGUUCAACCACCUGACUGCAGAGAGAGACCAGUUACAGACCAGUUACACCAACCUGACUGCAGAGAGAGACCAGUUACAGACCAGUAACACCAACCUGACUGCAGAGAGAGACCAGUUACAGACCAGUAACACCAACCUGACUGCAGAGAGAGACCAGUUACAGAAGGAGAGAGAUCAGCUCACCAAAGUGCUUUUGGAACUGAGAUGGAAGUACUUCCGCUCCAGUCUUUACUACAUCACUACUGAGAAGAAGAGCUGGACUGAGAGCAGACAGGACUGCCAAAAGAGAAAAGCUGACCUUGUGAUCAUCAACAGUGGAGAGGAACAGGAGUUCAUCAGUAAAGAAUUUGGCAACGCUGAAGCUUGGAUUGGUCUAAAUGACAGUAAAACAGAGGGGGUCUGGAAAUGGGUGGACGGCUCAGCACUGACCACUGGGUUCUGGUGGACAGGAGAACCCAAUGACUAUGAAGGAAAUGAGGACUGUGGUGUAACCGGAUACAAAGGAGCUACGUCUGGUCCUUCAACCUGGGCUGAUUUUCCCUGUCAUCACCCUGUUUUUGGAAUCUGUGAGAGAAUUUCUAAAUAAGAGUGAACAGCAAAUGCUUCUUAUUGAUCAGAUUGUGUAUUAAACUGAUUGAUUGAUUGAUUGAUGAUGAUUGG